AGAAUGUUGGAGAACCAGACAGACGAGGCCGUUGUACGGUGGGGCAACGAAGGCGAUAGCUUCGUCGUACUCGAGAACGAAAAGUUUACAAAGCACAUCCUACCAAAGCACUUCAAGCACAGCAACUUUGCGAGUUUUGUACGCCAGCUCAACAAGUACGAUUUCCACAAAGUCCGUCAUAACAAUGAAGAAAAUGGCCAAUCUCCAUAUGGUGCUGGUGCGUGGGAGUUCAAGCAUCCCGACUUCAAGAUGAACAACAAGGAUGCCCUGGACAACAUCCGAAGGAAAGCUCCCGCCCCGCGAAAGCCGAAUGCAAAUCCCGAGGACAUGUUGAUACCCACGCAACAGAUGGAUCUGGUCAACACCCAGCUCGUCGCUACCCAGCAGCAACUGCAGCAGAUGCAGGGCCAGUACGAGGAGCUGCGCAUUCACCAUUCAAUGCUUCUGCAGGAGUUGAUCGGCUUGCAGAAGACGGUCGUGAACCACGAACAUGUCAUGCAGAAUGUCAUGGUCUUUUUGAACUCUGUAGAUGCUCAGAGGCGUCGCGACAGUCGAGUCGGCAACCCAUUUGCCCAGAGUGGCACCAUGCAGAACGGCGCCAUGGGACAACAGCCACAACCACAAGAUCCGCUCGAGGAGGAUAUGCCUGCUUCUCCGCUGCAGCAUGCCUCGAAACUGCUCAGUGAGACGAAUGCGGAUGCCAUGCUGAACCCACGCAAUCUAGAGCACAUGAAUGAAAUCUCCAUGAGGAUGAACGGCACUCUCACGACCCCACCGCCAGACUACCUCCGUAACGGUCGACCAUCCAGCAGGGGUGGUCCGCCAAAUUCGGCCAGCUCGACCAGCUCUACUCGUAACGACAUUGACCAUCUUGUAUAUCCUGUAGGCGCUUCCAACGGUAUCGACCCAAUGUUUGGCGAUCACAUCCACAACAUUCCAUACCCAAUGCCCGCAAAGGCCCCUGAACAAGCUGCUGCUCCUCAAGUUGCACAGGCCUCGGACAUGCGGAAGAAGAGCACGCAUAUUGACCCGGGCUGGGUCCGUCCCCCACAGAUCCUCCUGGUCGAGGACGAUCCGACGUGUCGCCGUAUUGGCGGCAAGUUCCUUCACGCCUUCCAAUGUAACAUCGACUGUGCGCUGGAUGGUCUCGAGGCAGUCAACAAGAUGAAUAGCGGACAGAAGUACGAUCUUAUUCUGAUGGAUAUCAUCAUGCCGAAUCUUGACGGUGUCUCGGCUUGUCACCUUAUUCGCCAGUUUGACCCGACUCCAAUUGUUGCGAUGACGUCGAAUAUCCGCAGCGAUGAUAUCUCAAUGUAUUUCCAGCACGGCAUGAAUGAUGUGCUGCCGAAACCCUUCACCAAGGAAGGCUUGCUUGGAAUCCUCGAGAAGCACCUCGCGCAUCUUAAAAAGUCGGCAAACAUGGAUCCCAUCGGCCACCCCAUCCAGGCUCUGGCACAUACGUCUGCCAGACAAUCGCUGAAAGAAGAAGAAUCGCCAUCCAAAUCGCCGGCGACUGUCAGCAAUUGGAAUUCGCCGAACCAGCUGACUGGUGUAUCGCCCGUGGGGAGCAGUGUCCAAGAGGACUACGCCAAUGUGCAGGGUCUUCCUGGGCCCUAUGGCGCGAUGUAUGGGAAUGCAUCACAGCUGCCCAUGGGUGGCCAACGGGGACCACCAAUGGGCCAACAGCAGCCCAAUCAGUCUCAUAGACGACAAAUUUCGGACAUAUCGGGUGGUCCAGAUAUGAAUGAUGCGAAGAGGCAGCAGAUAAUAACGCAGGACGAGGGCGCCGAGGAUCCGCUGCAGGCCCUGAUACUGGCCGACCCGUUCGAGACGAGAUUCAGUCCCUUCACUCUCGAGCGGCCGAGGUGCUUGCUGCCUCUCGCCAACACCCCGCUCAUCGAGUACACAUUUGAAUUCCUCGCGAAUGCCGGCGUCGAGGAAGUGUACGUGUAUUGUGGUGCGCACACGGAUCAGCUGGAGGAAUAUGUGAAGAAGUCGAAAUGGGUUUCCAGGACGUCGCCGUUCAGAAACGUCGAGAUCCUGCGGUCCGCGUCAAGCUCCAUAGGCGACGCCAUGCGCGACCUCGACAACCGCGCAAUCCUCAACGGCGACUUUCUCGUUGUUUACGGCGACGUCGUCAGCAAUCUCCCGCUCGAGACAGCACUGGCACAACACCGAGCGCGGCGCGCAAAGGACAGAAACGCCAUCAUGACGAUGGUGCUACGGGAGGCGGGCAACAAGCACAGGACAAAGGCACAAGGCACGUCGCCGAUAUUCGUCAUCGACCCACGGAAAGAGCGAUGUCUUCAUUUCGAGCAGAUGCCGAACCGGGAACAGAAGAGCGCCGUCUCCAUCGAUGAGUGGCUGCUGUCGGACCAUCAAGAGUUGGAGAUACGGCAGGAUCUGAUUGAUUGCGGGAUAGACAUCUGCACGCCGGACGUGCUGGCGCUCUGGAGCGACAAUUUCGACUUCCAGGCGCCGCGCAAGGGCUUCCUGCACAGUGUGCUAAAGGACUACGAGCUCAAUGGGAAGACGACACAUACGCACAUCGUGUCGAAGAAUUAUGCCGCCCGUGUGCGGAACCUGCACACGUACGACUCCAUCAGCAAGGACAUUGUCUCGCGAUGGGCCUAUCCCUUGUGCCCGGACACGAACCUGGUAGGCGGACAGUCGUACACGCUGCAGUGGGGCAACAUCUACCUGGAAAAGAACAUCAUCCUCGCGCGGUCCUGCAAGAUUGAUAAGAACACCGUCAUCGGACGUGGCUCGAGCAUAGCAGAGGGCUCGGUCAUCUCCAACAGCAUAAUAGGCCGAGACGUCCAGAUUGGCAAGAACGUGGUUAUUGACGGCGCGUAUAUCUGGAAUUCCGCCACCGUCUCCGACGGCUCUGUGGUCAAGAAGGCCAUCCUCGCGGACGAGGUGGUGAUUGGGAGGAAAUGUGUGGUUGAGCCUGGUGCGCUCAUCUCCUACGGUGUGCGCAUCGCAGACGGCGUCAAGGUGAAAGGCACAAGCCGACUCACCCGCGCCAAGCGUCGCCGGAAAGAAGGCGAGGACAUUGAAAAGGGCCACGCCGACGCUGCCGUCGUCGGCGAAGGCGGUGACGGCUUCGAAUUGAUCGACGAGGACGAAGACGAAGAAGAAGAAGUCGUGCCAGGCCUCAUCUCCCACGAGCGCGUAUACAACAUGUCCUCCCUCUCCCUAUCCACAGCCUCAAUCUCCACACUCAACUCCGACGACGACGACGAUGUGGACCUCGCCCUCGACCACGACCACGACCACAUCACCGGCCCGUCGCGCUCCCGCUCCGCCGGCUCCUCCUUCCUCUCCGUCGGCUCCCUCGACUCGCAGUCCUCCCAGCACGCCGCAAACUUCGACCACGACGCCACGUCCAGCAUCCUCGACUCGCUCGAGCGCGGCCACGAGUCCGCAAACAUCAACCUCGAGCUCACCGCCCUGCGCAUGACGACAAACGCCUCAGAGCACCAAGUCCGCCGCGCCGUCGCAACCGCCUUUGCAAAGCGCGUUGCGCAGCUCGUUUCCGGCCCUAACACCACCACAUCCACAUCCACAUCCACAACAAACACCACCACAACAACAACAACUCCCCCGUCCUCCGUCAAAGACGCAGUCGACGCCGUCUUCGGCACCCAGAAACAAGUCCUCGCCCGCACCAUGUUCGACCGCGGCCAGACGGACCGGCCCGACCAGGUAGACUUCCUCCUCCUGCUCCAGGCCGACCUCGUGCAUCGCGACCAGGGCGAGGCCAUUCUCGUCCGCGCGGCGACGAAGCUCGUCGAGAUGGAUGUUGUCGAGCCCGAGGGCGUGGAGCAGUGGUGGGAGGAUGCGCGCGCGGUGGCGAGUGAGGGGUUGGUGCGGGUGCGGGCGAAGACGGGGGCGCUGGUGGAGUUUUUGCGGGAGGAGAGUAGUGAGGGGGAGGAGAGUGGGAGUGAGGAUGAGGGGGAGGGGGAGGGGGGGAGUGAGGGGGAUGAGUGA